AUGUCCACUGCUGAGAAGAACACUGUCGCGGCCGCCAUUGCUGUGGAGGACAUCGCGCGCAACAACCUCCUCCCGCCAAACCCGAAAUUGGACAACGCUGUCGCAAACUCCCAAAAGAACAAUCUGCGGGAAAUUGCCGUCUCCCCUCUUCAAGGCCAGUUUCUCGCCAUCCAAUGUCAGCUGAUCGGCGCCAAGACCGUACUCGAGAUCGGUACACUCGGCGGCUACUCUACUAUCUGGCUAGCGCAGACAGGCGCGAAGGUCACCAGUAUCGAGAUCAACCCCAAGCACCGCGAUGUCGCACUGGAGAACGUCUCAGGCCUCGACACCGAGAUCAUACUUGGCGCCGCUCUGGAUGUUCUUCCAAAACUGGCUGCAGAGGGCCGCAAAUUUGAUAUGGUGUUCUGCGAUGCUUCUUGGGGCGAGCAGGAGAAAUACUUCGACUGGGCGGUCGCGCUUACAAGACCGAAGGGGUGUAUCUAUAUUGACAAUGUUGUCUGGAAUAUGCUUGAAAGUGGCGCCGCGGAGACAGGCUACGCUGAUUCCUAUGAUAUCAACGGCGCACACGGUAUCUAA